AUGGCUUUAACAUCUGCUGAAAAACAAAAGCGUUAUCGUGAAAAUUUGAAGGCAAAGGGAUUGUAUAAAACAAUGAAGGAGCAAAAUGCUACACGUAUGAAAAAAUUUCGUCAUGCUUUGACUAAUGAAGAAAAAGUGAAAUACAAUAAAAAACAUUCCCUGACACAAAAAAAAUAUCGUGAUCAAAAGAAACUCGAGUCGGAAAAUUCUUUUUCAUCAAAACAAUCACUUGGUAAAGCACUAAAAAAAGUAACAAAAGUUCUUCCACGAGACAUUGGUAAAAAGAAAUUGGUAAUCCGUUCACUUGCUCAAACAAUUGGUAUUUUGCCUCGUCAUACUCAUCAACGUAUUACAAGAAAAAUUUCAACAGAAACUCAAGAUAAUAUUACUGCAUUUUAUUGUCGUGAUGACGUAUCAUAUCAGAUGCCAGGCAAACGUGAUACAAUUGUUAUCAAAGAAAACGGAAAUAAAAGUGUUUAUCAAAAACGAAUUUUGUUGUAUAAUAUUCGAGAAGCAUUUGAAUUGUUUCUUGCUGAAAAUCCUGGUAUUUCUAUUGCUCGAACUACUUUUGCUGAAAUGCGACCUCAACAUGUUGUAGUAAAAUCUUCAAUGGCACAUCGUAUAUGCGUGUGUGUAUAUCAUGAAAAUAUUAGUUUACUUCUUAGUAGUUUAUCUAAACAUAUAAAUGGAUCUUCAUGCUCAGAUCUACGUUCAUUUACAUCGGCACUUGUUUGUGAUGAUUCAUGUUAUGAAUGUAUGGCAUCAAAAUGUUCUUCUUGUAAAAAUUAUUUUAAUUUACAUAUCACUAAUAAUAUUGUUGAUCCAACUGUUCAUAUCACAUGGUAUCAAUGGAAACAUAUUAAUGGUUAUGCCAAAAAAGAGGAGCAAAGCGGAACAGUUGAACAAUGUGUUAAAUUAUUAUUUUCACAAGUGGAAUCAUUUUUAUUACAUGUUUUUAUAAAACGCCAGCAAAGUGCUUAUUUUGAAGAAUCAAAAUCAACAUCUGAUGAUACAAAGAUUGUAGUGCAAGUAGAUUUUAGUGAAAACUACAGUAUAAAGGAACAAGAUGAAAUUCAAUCUGCUCACUGGAGUUCUAAAUCUAUUUCCAUAUUCACGGCUUAUGCUUGGUGUGGAUCAAAUAACUUUUCAUUUGCAUUGGCUUCUGAUAAUAUUAACCAUGAUAAGUUUUUUGUUAGUUGCUGUAUCAAGUACAUUGUCGAAAAAUUGAAACAAGAAUUGCCAAUGCUAGAGGAAAUUUCAUUCUUUAGUGACGGCGCGGGCAGUCAAUUCAAACAGCGAUUUUUAUUCAGGAAUUUGACACAAAUGUCAAAUUAUUAUAAUUUAAAUUUUUCGUGGCAUUUCUUUGCCACAAGUCAUGGGAAGGGUGUGGUCGAUGGUUUAGGCGGUACAGUUAAGAGAAUUGUCUGGUUACAAGUCUUAACAAAUAAAGUGAGAUGUGAAAAUGCAUCAGAUUUCAUAAAUAUUGCAAAGACAAAAACGAGAGUUAUCAUUCUCGAUGAAAUUACUCAACAACAUAUUGAUUUAUCGAAAACACAAUUAGAAUAUUUGUUUCAAAAUACUGUUGCUGUUAAAGAUACUCAAAAAUUACAUAGUGUUCAUGUUAUACGAACAGAUGUAAUUGAAUGUCGAUUAUAUGAUUAUUCGACUGCUAAAUGGACAGUUUUCUUUUAG